CACAAAACACAAAACUAACUUGAGAAUCCAAAGAUUAAAAUGGCCAAAGCUCUUCACAUAACCAUCAUUAAUCUCUUCCUCAUAUCCGCCAGCUUCCUCCCAUUUAUCUACGCAGCUAGACUUCUCGACGAGAUCCAACCUCAGUCUCAGUUGGUCCCUACCAGCCAAAUCCCAACCGUAGCUCCAGCAGAAGCUGAGGAAGAACCAGCAACUACACUCCCAGCUGUUCCAGCAGGGGCUGAACACGAGCCUUUACUAGAGUUCUUUAUGCACGACGUGCUAGGAGGGUCACACCCAUCAGCUCGUGUGGUCACUGGAAUAGUAGCACAAACCGAGGUGAACGGUAUACCAUUCUCAAAGGCCAGCAACAGCAUCUUCCCUGUGGACAACGGAGUCCCACUGGUGAACUCAAACAACAUCAACAGCGUCAUCAACCCAAACACAGCCCCACUUCUCACCGGCCUAGGCGGCGCUCAGACCAGCACAGUGAUCCAAAACACCAACGGAAACUCCAACGAUGCCCUCAGCACCAACAGUCUCCCCUUUGUGACCGCGGGAAACCUCCCUCCCGGUGCUGCCCUCCAGCAUCUCAUGUUUGGAACCAUAACCGUCGUGGACGAUGAGCUAACCGAAAGCCACGAGCUAGGCUCAGCAGUUAUAGGGAAAGCUCAGGGGUUUUACCUGGCCAGCUCCUUGGAUGGAACAAGCCAGACUCUUUCUCUGACCGUGUUGCUAGACAGAGAGCAUGAACAUCAUGAUACUCUGGACGAUGCCAUUAGCUUCUUUGGAGUUCACAGGACCGCCUCUCAUGCUUCUCAGAUUGCUGUUAUUGGCGGGACGGGGAAGUUCGAGCAUGCUAAAGGGUAUGCCAUAGUGGAGACUCUGCAUAACCAAAACAACCAGCAUAUUACUGAUGGUCAAGACACUAUCCUCCAUUUCAGUGUCUAUCUCACCUACAAAGCUUGAAGAUGAAAAAAUAUUUGAUGGGUGUGCUUUUGUAUAUGUUCUUGCUCCUUAGCUUCUGCUUGUGUCCUUUUUUCCUUUGUUUGUGUAAAUCUGGUUUCCAAUGAAAUUUUAUUUAAAUGAGAAUGUUUCAAUCUACAAUCAUGUUUCCUUUAAAUA